AUGUCCAAGAAGAUCAAAGAUGAGGUUCAAAAACAAUUUGACGCAGGUUUUCUGGCUGUUACUUCGUACCCUCUGUGGGUGGCAAAUAUCGUUCUCGUGCCUAAGAAGGAUAACAAGAUGGGUUCUCUGGUUAUAAUCAGAUCAAAAUGGCUUUGGACGAUACGAGAAGACGAUGUUUAUCACGCCUUGGGGAACCUUUUUCUACAAGUAUACGAGUCAAAAAACAUCAAGAGUAGUACAGUUGCUGAUCACUUGGCUCAUCAACCUAUAGAGGAUUAUCAGUCGAUGAAGUUUGAAUUUCCUGACGAAGAUGUAUUGUUUCUCAAAGAAUAUUACAAUAGACCAGACCCAAAUGAAGGACCAGAACCAGGAUCGCAAUGGACGCUCGUGUUCGACGGUGCUUCAACUGCUUUGGGAAGCGGUGUCGGAGCUGUCAUUACUUCUUCCACGGGUUUUUAUAUUCCUUUCACUACCAUAAUUUGUUUUGAUUACACAAACAACAUGGUCGAGUAUAAAGCUUGCAUAUAUGGUAUAGAACGAUCUAUUGACUUGAGAAUCAAAUAUCUCAACAUAUAUGGGGACUCAACUCUGGUUAUCAGCCAAAUCAAAGGAGAGUUGGAGACAAGACACCCAAAUUUGAUUCCAUACCGGGAGCAUGUAUUGAAGUUGAUUCCGUAUUUUGAGGAGAUCACGUUCGACCAUAUCCCAAGGGAAGAGAAUCACUUAGAAGACACACUGGCUACUCUAGCAUCCAUGUUCGAAGUUAAGUGGGCGAAUGAGGCCCCCUCCAUCAGCAUUAUGAGGUUAGAUGAGCCGACAUUUUUCUAUACUAAUGAUGAAGUGAGAGAUGAUAAACCAUGGUUUUAUGAUAUCAAAAGAUACCUUGAGAAACAAGAGUACCUAGAGGAUGCAUCUAUCCUAGAUAAGAAGACAUUGAGGAAGCUGCCUACUAGGUUUUUCUUGAAUGGUAAUGUGUUGUAUAAGAGAAAUCAUGAUUCUUUUUUUCUCAGAUGCGUGGAUAGACACGAAGCAUAA